UUUUAGUUCAGAAAGAAACACAUUGGAAGCAGUAUGUUAAAGAGACCUCACCGUAAAGACACAUGGAGUUUCAUGUUUACCGAAAUCGAAACAUCUAUCAAGACAGAAAACUUUCAUAAUGUGUACAUACUUGAUUCAGCGACGCUGGGAAGGGGACUUAAUGCUGUUGUUCGAAAAUGCACAGAGAAGUCAACCGGAAGACUGUAUGCUGCUAAAAUUCUAAAGAAGAGAAGACGAGGGAAAGACUGCAGGGCGGAAAUAAUUCAUGAGAUAGCUAUACUUGAGCUGGCAAAGACAAGUCCGCAUAUUGUGGAUUUUCAUGAAGUUUAUGAAACAGACAAUGAGAUCAUUUUGGUGCUAGAAUAUGCUGCAGGUGGGGAGCUAUUUAAUCUUUGCGUGCCAGACAGGAAUGAGGCACUUUCAGAGAUACAGAUCAUCAGAAUUCUUCGGCAGAUCCUUGAAGGGGUACAUUUUCUGCAUCAGAAUAACAUUGUUCACCUGGAUCUUAAGCCACAGAAUAUCUUGUUUAGCAGUUGCAAUCCUCGUGGUGACAUAAAGAUUGUAGAUUUUGGACUAUCAAGGAAAUUAAGCAGCACUAAUGAACUUCAUGAAAUAAUGGGCACCAUUGACUACACUGCACCAGAAAUUUUAAAUUAUGAACCCAUCACUACAUCAGCAGAUAUAUGGAGCGUUGGGGUAAUCUGCUACAUGCUUCUUACUUGUGAGUCCCCGUUCGUGGGUGUCGACAAGCUUGAAACAUACCUCAAUAUAUCACAGCUUAAUGUGGAUUACUCGGAAGAUGUGUUUGCUUCAGUUUCAGAAGAGGCGAUUAACUUUCUCAGAUCUACACUAGUAAUAAACCCAAAGGAGCGAGCAACAGUUGAUGGUUGUUUGUCACAUCCAUGGUUGCAACAAGCUGAGUCUAUACCGCUCUGUUCUCUAGAUGUAACUCAGUCAGGAGAAACUUUGACAAAGAAUAACAAAAUGAAAACAAGCAUCAAGAUAAGUAAUGAUGUUGAAGACAAAGAGAACAUGCCUGAAUAUGGCAGUACUGCUCCCAAGAGAUUACGUUAUGAUGAUUCCCAGCAAAAUGAUGUCUAUGUGUAAUGGAUGUUAUGUACAGUUCUUGAAAGGUACCAUGAAAUAAACUACAGAAUUGUUUUGAAUACUAAACUAUUUGGCGAUACUAAAACAAUUUAAUAAUGGGGUUCCUUACCUACCACUAAGGAAUUCCAUUGAGUGUGGGUAAAGGGGCAAUAAAAAAACACACUUAUUGCAGUUAAUUUUUUUUAUUUUGCUGUCCCUUUAAAAAGUCAUAAAAGCGUCGGCUGUAUCAUGUCGCUCGUAAUGUGACCAGCUUUGAUGGUGAUGUCUCUUUUAUUGCAGUGAUACCAAGAAUUGGACAGAACAUGGCAAACAUCCAUCAAAAGUUAAUGGCAGUGUUCCAGCAUGUCCUUGUCAUUGGUGAUGGUGUCUAAUUUGCAGUGUUUUUCCACUGUCAAGAAAAUCGCUGCUUUGCUUUUGUUGACUGAAGACUUAGCAUACCAACUGCUGUUUUCAGUGUACUUAUGGCACAUACAACAAACUCU